AGGCUUAGCCCUCCGUUGUUAUUUACAGAAAUUAAUUAUUCUUCAUGGUAUCGGAGCUUUUCUCACGUUCCAACGAACGUUGCUGCAAACCCUAGCAGCCCUCUCCUCUCUCCUUCGCCGUACAGCAGCCUCUCGCCGCUGCAGUCCUUCGCCGGCGACUCCAGGCCGCCUCUCUUCACACGGCAGUGCUCUCUCCCAAGGCAGACUCUCGGCGCUUUUCUCCCUCAGGCAGGCUUCUUCCUCUUUCUUUGCAGUCACCAUGUCUGAGAAAACACCCGCCACCGCGGCUCAAUCAUCUUCCUCCACCCCCCACUUGGCGUUCACGACCAUCUCUAACGUGAAACUUAAGGUACCGAUCCUCCUCAGUUUUUCUGAACCAAACUACAAAAAAUGGAGCCGGCUUUUCCUCCUUCUCAUCCGGCGGUUCUCUUUGGGAGAUUUCCUCACCGGCAAGUCCUCUCCUUCAAGCGACGACGACUCCGAGUGGUUCCAACUUGACGCACUCAUCCAAGGUUGGAUCCUAUCUACGGUGAACGAUGAAGUUUGCGAUCUCGUACUCUCCACCACAAAUUCAGCCUCGGAGCUUUGGAAAUCUAUUUACAAUAUGUUUCACGACAACAAACCGGCUCGGGCUAUGCAACUUGAGCACCAAUUCCGGACGACAACGAAGGGUUCUCUCUCUAUGACCACGUAUUGCCAAACCCUACGCAAUCUCGCGGAUUGGUUGGACGAUGUAGACGCCCCCGUCUCCGAGCAACAACUGGUUCUACAAGUUCUUCGUGGCCUCCCGGACGAUCUUCGGUCACAAACCUCAUUUCUCCAAUACCAAACGCCGCCCCCCACCUUCCUUCAAACUCGAUUGACCCUACUUCUCAUUGAACAACAACGGGCUGAGUUGGGGGUCGGUGGUGGUGCAGGAGACGGCGGGACAGUCCUCUAUGCCGGCAGUGGAGGCGCCGGCAGUGGUGGAACUCGACGAUAGGGCGGCCGUACAGACUCCAGCGGUGGUACUGGCUACGGACAGCAGCGGCAGCGUGGCGGACAACAUCGUGGUCAUGGUCGCGGCCGAAGCUUCGGGUCAAAUGCACGAAACACCCUCGGGCAAAACUCUGGACAAUU